UCCCUGAGGUUGUGAUCCGCGGCAGUGUGUCGGUUGUCUCCCCCGCGGCCAGACCGGCGUCCAGGGACACCCUACGGCCACUCGGAGACUUUGCAGCGUCCAAAGAGCCUGAAGCGCGCAAUGUGGCCGCGUGUGUUUGGAGGGUGAGGACCGACGGGGGUUCAUCACUGGCGGACACCCCCAAUACCCACCAGCCCAUACAACCGUGUGUCUAACCGGGGGUCUGGCUUUGUGUGAGCUGAGGACAGUCCCAGUGACAAUGGACCCUUUACAAAAUGGUACUGACUCCGAGGAAGACUGCCACGGUGCUGAGGAGGAAGAGGAGGUGGACCCAAGAAUCCAGGGAGAGUUGGAGACGUUAAACCAGUCCACAGAUGACAUCAACCGCUGGGAGAGUGAGCUGGAGGAAUUCCGCCACCGGUUCCGCGCAGUGCUCGUGGAAGCCACCGUGAAGCUGGACGAGCAGGUGAAAAAGAUUGGGCGGGCCGUGGAUGACUCCAAGCCUUACUGGGAGGCCCGCAAAGUGGCUAGACAGGCCCAGGUUGAAGCCCAGAAAGCCACCCAGGAGUUCCAGCGGGCGGUAGAGAUCCUGCGGGCCGCCAAGGAGACCAUCGCCCUGGCCGAGGAGAGGCUGCUCGAGGAGGACAGCCGCCAGUUCGACUCGGCCUGGCAGGAAAUGCUCAACCACGCCACGCAGAGGGUGAUGGAGGCCGAGCAGGCCCGAAUGCGCAGCGAGGCCGAGCACAAGAAGACGGCGGCCAACUACACGUCCUGCAUCGGCCACAUGAAGCAACUGGAAAAGAAGCUCAAACGCUCCAUCAACAAAUCAAAGCCGUAUUUUGAGUUAAAAGCAAAGUACUAUCUCCAGCUUGAGCAACUGAAGCGGCAGGUGGACGAGCGCCAGGCCAAGCUGGUGGUGGCGAAGGCCGAGUACCGUGCCGCCCUUCGCCGCCUGGAAAGCAUCUCCGAAGAGAUCCACGCGCAGCGCCGCUCUGUCGGAACUCGAGGGCGGGGCGUGGGGGCUGAACUCGACAGCGGCGGUGACGGAGAGGACGUCACAGGUUUCGCCAUGGAUUGCGACGGUCUGUCAAUGGUGUCGGUGUCUAUUGACGACGAUUUGGAAGAAGACGCUCAAUCCGCCUCAUCCACUCCAACGACCCUCGACAUGCCCUCACCGCCAUCACCGACCUCCUUGCGCCACACGCCCCCCUCUCCAUCCUCCUCUUUCUCCUCCUGCCCCGGUGCACUGGAGGUAGCCAGCCCGUGCAGCUCUCCUGGCUCAGACUCGGUGUGCGGUUCUGGGCAUGGCUCGCCUCUGCUGGGCCCUCGGAGCCAGUGCAGUGGAGCCUCCUCACCGGACUGUGACCAGGAAAGAGGUGACCGAGCAGAAGGUGCCGAGGCCACGUUAGAAGGCGGCCUGAUCAGGCUGAACUUGACCAUUGCACAAACGCAACAAGACGACGACGACGCGGAGGAUGAAAAAGUGACAGAAUGCACAAGCAAUGAACUCCCCUCUACGUCCAACAUUCUCCUACUCUAACCGUGACGACUGCAACCUCCGUGAAAUUGCCAUAAACAUCAGUGAAGCAAUGUGAAUCCAUGGUGAUGUACAGUGAACAAACAAGCACACAAAAGUUGCUCAUCAAAGGACUUCAUCUCCCAUAAUCCUCCUCACUUCAAGAGUUGUUACUCUUCUUGUGUGCCAUCCAGUGUCUUUGUGUUGUACUGCAAUCUGAUCGCGUCAAAGACUGCAAAAUAUGAUGUAAAUAGACCCAAAAUAAGGAGUUUACAGACUAAACCAAACAAAGGUGAGAGUGAAUGUUUUUUUUUUAAUUAUGCGUGGAUUUUUUAAUGCGCAAAUAGCCUCGAUUCGAUUGAAUUGAAUUGAAAUAGCACCCUGUAGUGUAGAUUGUCCUAUAUUUAUACUCCUAUAUUCUUGUAUUUGAACAUUUGGUGUUGUUCAUGUUUAACAAAAAAAUAAGCAAUAAAUGUGUACUUU